AUGUGGAAUAUUGUAGCUUGGGUAAGAAAAAUGUAAACAUUAUUUAAAUUUAAUUUUUAGUGGUGGAGAUUUAUAAACUGAAGGAGAUUCAACUAAGAUUGGAAGUUGGAUUGAGCUGAGUGAAAAGGAGAAUAUAAAAACGGUAGAAAGACAGGUCGAUGGGGUUUAAUAUUUAAUUGAAAAUUGA